AUGGUUAAGGUUACGAUACGUUUGGUCGGUGAAGAGAAAGAUAGAUUAUUCAAACGAAUUGAGUUGGAUCCACAGAUUCAUGUCGAUGACCUGGUGAAGGAGAUUGAGAGUGUGACGAAUAUUCUACCCAAAUUUCAAGAAAUCAAAUUCCGUGGUGAUGAGCUACCCGAUGUUGAGCGUCCUCUUCAAGACAUCAAGUUUGCUGAAGAGCUUGUUGUGAUUUUUUUUCUGAAACAUGCAGAUCUUCCAUGGUGGAACGAGUACAAACGCUGCGUUGAGCAAGUGUUGAAGCAGCGCUCGGACAAAGUUGAAAUGGCAAAAGAAGCUGUCCAAUAUUAUGAACGUUUAACCAAAAGCGGAUUCUUCUAUGUCUACGACCAAUUCAACAUUUUUCGAAGCCAGAAUCAUACUAAAGUCGCUGCUUGGACCGAUGGUGACGUGGGAUUGAUUCGUAAAGCGACGGAGCAGUAUUUCCACAACCUCCAUGAUCAGAAGAGAGGAAAUGAAGAUUCCAAAUUCACUUGUUAUUUUGAAGAACGAGACGCGGACUUAGGAGGAAGGCCAACGAACACACUUGCUUUUGUCCAGAUUCAUGGAGAAGAUUCGGUUUCGAAGUACAACAUUAAAUGCCAUCAUUAUGGCUCAAAAGGCUCGAGCUCAGGACAGGUGCCGGACGUCUCCGAAUUCUAUUGCUAUAAAUUAUUAUCAUUAAUCGGUGUCUGCCCCAAAUCUCAUAUUAUCCCUUCUUGUAUAUCGACUGGAACCAAAACAAGCACAUACAUUGCUACUCAAUGGGACGACAGAUUUGAGCUUCUUGAAAACGUUAUUGAUGGGAACAGCCUUUGCGCGGAUGUCGUUGUUCAAUUGGCUAUGCUUAGAGUGCUCCUAUUCAUUUCUGAUCUACAUGAACAGAACUGCGGAAGGUGGAAAGGGACACAGCACGCCGCAAUUGUUGACUUUGCCCCUACAAACGAUUUCAAGAUUUAUCCAGAUAUCAAAAGCGAACUCAUCACAACUUUUCCACACAAAGGAUGGAAAAAACAAUAUUCUGCUGUGAAAAAUCAACACGACGACAACUCCUGGUUGAAGAUCGCAAAAGUGUAUUUGGAUAAGUGGGAUCUCUCAAACAAGAUCGAAUUGGCUCGUGAACAAUUUGAUCCAACUAAAGACCUCCUUAAAGGGCUAGAAAUUGGAUUCAAAAAACGACAAUUCCGUGUUAGUCCCACCGACCAACUGAACGAAUACAUCGACACAUUGCAAAAAAAUUUGGAGCAUCUUCAGACUCUUUUGAAUUCCAUUGUUUAG